AUGGCCCGGGCUAAUGAGCACGAUAUUCGCCUACGUCGAAGAACAGUUCUAAUGCGCAAGGCAAAUGACGCAGCUGACGUCGAAGUAAAUGUCGUACACUUGACGAUGAAAGACGGAGUGGAGAUUAUUGCGCUGCAGAAAGAAGCAUUCGACGCUGCAUUUGGAGGAAAAGAGAAUCUACACCAAGAGAUGGGCAGGGAAACUGCGGAUUACAUCGAGAAAGGAGAACUAUCUGCCCCGAUGUCUGAUUUUGUGACGUUUUUGCAGGAUGAGAUCAGAAGGUUCGCCCCCACGCACAUCAUCUCAAACGAUGGUUUGUCGAUGCAAGCCACCAGUACUCUUGAGCUUCCUGACAUGGAGGUUUGUCGCGUUGCUGUUGUCCACACUGCCGAGCAACUGCCUUUUGGACCAUUCGCCGGUGGCUUGCCGGGACACGCGAGUUCUCCGAGAGAAUUCGACCUCCUUCGACAGCUCGACGGAAUCUGGAGUGUCUCCCAAGCCAUACAGGACUACGCGAUGAAGUAUGGUCAGCUGCAGACAAAAUUCUUCGUGCACCAUCCGUGGACUUAUCUCGAGGAGGUCAAACACCAGCUACCGACUCAGAUGCACAACUGGAACCAGCCUUUUGUUGGUAUGAUUAAUCCUUGUGCGGUCAAAGGAUCCAGUAUCCUCCUGAGCCUUGCUGAAGCUUGCCCCCAUCUCGAGUUUCUGGUGUAUAAAAGCUGGGGCUUCGAUGAUGCUCUGGCAAAGCAGAUGUACUGCUUGAAAAACGUGACAUUACGUCCGUCGUGCACGGAUAUGAACGAAGCCUGGCGAGAAAUCAAAGUGCUUCUUGUACCCUCUGUCUGGUACGAGGCGUGGGGCAUUGUUGUCAUCGAGGCCCAUCUUCGCGGUAUCCCAGUGAUCUGCUCGGACGCAGGUGCGCUGCCUGAGGCUAUGCGCGGUCUAGCUCACAGCAUUCCAGUGAAGCCUAUUGAUGGAACUCGCGAUGCGAACGGCGUCUAUGUUGUCCCUAAGCAAGAUAUCGAACCAUGGGCGAAAACCUUGAACGAGCUUAUGAGCGACAAAUUAGCUUACGAGAAACUUGCUGCAGAAGUGCGCAACGAGACAGCGCAAUGGCUGAGGGAUAUGGAUGAGAGUGCGCUAGAGAGAUGGCUACUUGGCUUGGAUGUGGAAAUGCGCAUGUGCGGCAUGAUAGAAUAG